GGCCAUUGACAUCAACUGACCAACACCGCCGAUCACCGCCACCAUCGGAGACCUCUAUCCCACGCUGUAAGCUAGCUCAGGGAGAGACCGAGAAGCAGCAGCCAUGGACGCCACCAGGGCCAGCAACCGCGCCUACGAGGAGUACGACCCCUCCGUCGAGUGGAGCCGCGGCGCCGAUGUCGACAGCGUCAGGAUCACGCUCCCAGGGUUCAAGAGGGAGGACAUCCGGGUGCUGGUGGACAACCACGGGCACCUGAGGACGCGCGGCGAGCGGCAAAUCGCCGGCACCAGGUGGAGCCGCUUCCAGAAGGACUUCCAGCUCCCGGACAACUGCAACGUCGACGGCAUCCGCGCCAAGUUCGAGAGCGAGACGCUCACCAUCACGCUCCCCAAGAAGACAGCCUCUCCGCCGGCCGCCGCCCCAGUGGCGGCGCCGUCGCAGAGGAUCCCGCCACCGGCGCUUCCGGAGCUGCCGGGGAGGCCCGCCGUGCCGGCGGCGCCGCUGGCGCCUGCUGCCUCCCAGAGGCAGCCCGCCGAGCGCAGGCCGUCGCUGCCGAGGAAGCCGGCGGCGCCGGAGCUGCCCGCGCGGCUGCCCUCCGUUCCGACGCCUGAGCCCGAGCCGUCGCUGGAAGCCGUCCAGAGGGCGAAGGAGGAGGAGGAGAAGAAGCGGAUGGAGAUGGAGACGAUGGGGAAGAUGGAGGAGGACAGGAAGGCGGCGCAGAAGAAGGAGCAGGAGGAUGAAGCAGCGGCGAUGGGAGAGAUGGCGAUGGCGCGCCAGCCCAGGCCGGCCUCCGCGAGCCGCGGGCUGCUGGUGAACGUGGCGGUCGCGGUGGUGGUGCUCCUCGGGAUCACCGCCUACGUGUGGCACACCCUGCGGAACGCAGCCGGCGGCGCCGGCGAUCACGGGCACGGCCACGGGCACCUGGGAGCCGGGAGCUACGGCGACGAGAUGUGAGCGAGCUGAAUCGAGGUGUGGCGUGUGUGCACUGCGCACUAGAAAUUGGCAAGGAGCCAAUGCAAGUAUAUACAUACACAGAUACAUGGGGGGAUGGGAGGUGGGGUACAUGUACGCGUGUUGUUCGGAUAUCAUCUGGCGUGAAUGCUUGAUGAGCUUGAAGACGGGUCAUUUGCUUGGCUGAACAAUUCCAAGAAAAUAAGAUGAUAAGCCAAGACUGUACUAUUUCUUUGUCAUAUCACUGACGAUCAUCAGAAAAAUA